UUUUCGGCUAAUAAUACGAAUGUCGCAGGCUAGACCCUGAUUGUUCCAGGCAUGAAUCGGCCCAGAUAAAAACGGUGCGCAGCCUUUCCCACCUUGCUGAUGCUCACCGAGCUGGCUUGUAUUACUCGGGCCCGCUGGUUUUCUAUCCUUACUCGUUCUUGUCAGCAAUCGAGCCAGCACGUGGGCCGUCGCAUGCAAUAGACCCCAGUUUUUUGCGGCAUGGCCAUUAUUGAGAUUAGUGCUAUAAUUUCCGGAGGCGUCCGUCUGAGGUGCAAACGACCGGACCUCCGAUCAGGGCCACGACAUAUGUGUAGGGUGCUUUGUCUGCCCUCCUUCGUCCUUUCGUUGAGUGGGUGUAUCUUUAGGGUGCGCCCUUGCACUCACUAAUCUUAAUCUUUUCUUGGAGCGAUUCAUUAGUACUGCAUCAGCCGUCCCCAAUUACGAUGGCCUACUAUACAUCCAUUCGUAAUUUGUUCUAUCUUUUAAUACAGCUCUUCAUCUUCGGAGACGUCGCUGCGAGUCCGUAUUCGUACCAGCAGGUUGCCCGUCACAGCAUCGAUAUCGCCGAGGACUUCACUCAAUGGAACCACAGGCAACUACUGCCCCGCGCCGGACAAUGGCUGCGAAUAAUGCCCCUUGGCGCGUCUAUCACCUAUGGUCAGCGAGGCGACGGCCUAACAACCAAUGAUGUGUCGCACAAUGGGUACCGAAAGGCCCUCAGGGACCAGCUCAGGUCGCGCGGCUACAAUGUCAAUAUGAUCGGAUGUGUGUCCUCCGGACAGAUGAGAGACAAGCAGCACGAAGGCCAUCCUGGCUUCCUGAUAUCCGAAGUCGCGACCAAGGUCUCCUGCGCCAUAAAUCAGAAGCCUAAUCUUGUGUUGAUCAAUGCUGGGACGAACGAUGCGAUACGGGCGGAUCAGAACGGCGGGGCUUCUUUUGCCCAAGGAGCUCAGGAUCGCAUGAAACUAAUGAUCGAUGACAUCCUCAAACAAGUCAACGAUGUUACCGUUGUUCUAUCGACAUUACUCCCGAAUGGCAAUGCCGCUGCGAACAAUUAUGUAGAGACUAUCAAUGCGGGGUACCGUAGCCUUGUCUCUUCGUAUCAGUCUGCAGGUAAAAAGGUGCAGCUUGCUGACAUGAACACGGGUUUCAUUGUUCCAUCGGAGCUUCCCGACGGUACACACCCAACUGAUACGGGCUAUAAGAAGAUGGCGGCGGUUUGGGACCAGGCUUUCGUAGCGGCAACCAACAAAGGCUGGAUCAAGGAUCCGAUCAGUACGGGGAAACCAGAUGACGUCUAUGACUGCGAUACCUCACCCGCCAGUUUCAGCGAGGCUACCUUGACACAACAAGGCAGUGGAGCAGACGAUGGCACCUACGCUCAUGCAUCGCAGGGCAUGGGUGUUGUGACGUCGGAUUCAUUGCACGAGAACAGCACUGCCGCGACUCAGGGACAAUGGGUUAAGAACUAUCAUUUCGCGCAUCUUGUCAACGAUGGUGGUGAUCGUGGUCAGGAGACUGACGAGCUCAUCCGCAUUACUGACUCCAUACAACCCGUUGCCGACAAUGGUAUUCCACUUUUCUCGUUUAAAAAUAACAACGGAGGAACUUUUGCCUCUACCUGGACGACCUUCGACCCGAAGAUGCAUUGCAACAAUCGUGGCGCGCGCUGGGGAGAUGUCAACAACGAUGGCCUGGAUGAUCUCAUUUGCAUAGGUCCGGAAGGCAACAUGUAUGUGUCCAUCAAUAAAGGCGGCAACCCUCCCAACUUUGUAUACCUUGACAACGUCAAGAGCGCGGAGGGAACACAAGAAUUCGUACGAGUUGGCGACAUCGAUGGUGAUGGCCGCCUCGACUACUGUGUCAUCAAAGGCACGGGUUCCUUGUACUGCUGGCGCAACGGUGGUACAGGCGACAACCCUGUCUGGGAGCCAAUGGCUGGGGGGGACGUUGUAUUUGAUUCAUCAAGUAUCGGAGCCGUAGCCAGCAUUCGUCUGGUCGAUAUCAACGGCGACUUCAGGUCUGACAUUAUCUCGAUCUCUUCUACUGGCAAAACUAGAAUUUUCAUCAACCAACGUGGAACGAAGGACGACGGUGCGGGCUUGAAGCCUCACUGGAUCGAAGCUUCAGCCGCCCAUGGUGGAGGUUUUGCUGACAGAACUGUGGACUAUUUCAAGUUUGGCAGGGUCUAUGGAUCUGGUAGAGCUGACUAUAUUGCCAUGAAGGAAACCAAUGUGAAAGACACCUUGGGUUGGAAGCACACAUACGACUUCGAGAUCUACAAGAAUACUGGGUCGGGUGGCAGGAAGGUCAAGGGUGAUGGCGUUUAUUAUUGUGACAUGUUCGGUAGAGGCCACGACGAUUACCUUUGGGUCUACGAGGCUGGCAACGUCAAUCUCUACGAGAAUACCGGCAACCUUCCAAACUGGAAAGGGCACGGCGAGAUCUUCAACGUGGGCCGCGACCGAAAAGGCAUCCACUUCGGUGAUUGGAACGGCGAUGGUCUCUGUGACAUUCUGGCCGUCGAUAAGAAGUCUGGUGCAGUCGACUGGUGGCAAAAUACUUGGAAUGUCAACAAAACAUCCCCCACGUUUUCCUACAAGGGCCAAGCUAUUGCCGGCAGUUGUAGCCAAGGAUGGGGCGUCUCUCGCUACGAUCUAGGCGUCCGAUUCGCUGAUGUCGACGGCGACGGCCGCGUCGACUACCUCUGCCUUGACCCACAAGGAACAACAAGCGCCGUUCUCAACACAGAGAAGGGCUUCUCGAACGUUGGUCAGAUCAAGUACACCAUUGGCAAAGACCGAGCAGAACACCGAUUCGCUGAUGUCAAUAACGACGGAAAAGCCGACUUCCUGGCUGUCGACAAAUUCACUGGCAAGGUAUCUGUUUUCACCAACCAAGGACAGAACAAGGCUCUUCAAGCCUUUGGUACUGGAGACAGCUCGUUCACCUGGGUCGAACAGCAAGGAAUGUGGAUGGAUGGCGUGGAUCGCGGUGCGAAUAUGUUUUUCGCAAGGAUGAGCAAUGACACGAAGCGCAUCGAUUUCGUGCGAAAUCUGCCCGCGACGGACAUUGCUUACACCUACUUCAACCGGCCUUGCAAAGGAGGGGGUGACGACAACACAUCCGAUCUCCCUCUACCUACGGUUCCGAGAACUUGAACAUCUUGACCAAAUAUCUUCAUGAGCUGCUUUUAAGUUAAAGCUGCUCUAACAUACCCAGUGUAAAUAUUCCGGCAGUUGGAUGGCGGGGUAGAAGCCAACGACAGUACUCUGGCCGAAGAGGCGCCAUGUCUAGAAGAGUCUUGUCUGUAGAUAAAUGUUCCCUAGCGAUAAUGACCGUUAUGAAUUCCUCAGC